UGCUUUUGACAUUUGGUUGACUUCUUGUCGAGCAAAAUGUCUAUUUUCGUGUGAUUAUUGUUAUUAUUGCCAAUUUAACACAAAUCAACUUGUUUACAGAAUAUACUGUAUAUAAUUUAGAUUCUGUGAUCCAAUUCAACAAAGGAAGCUAGCCUAGCAUUAUUAAAAUCUUGAAGAUGGAUUCAUGCAUUGGUGUUGAACAAGAUUUAGACAAAGCACUCUCAAAAUUUAAUUCUUUGAAUGAACACACAGACAGAGUUUUACAUGAUGUGAUAGAGCAGGUACAGAAUUUGAAGAGAGAAAUUGCAAAACAGCCAACCAACACUCCUCUAAGCCAGACACAGGCGAUGGUAGUGGGCGAGCUGGCAUCUAGGGUUAAGCAGACUGUGUUCCAGAUGUCUACAGAACAUAGAGAACUACAUGCCACAGUAUCACGGGUUGGGAAAUCAAUAGACAGACACUUCAUAGCAGACUAUGGUUCUGUGGCUCCGAAGGCUGAGUCUUUCUGUUCUGACACCAACAGGCCAAUCAUGGAGCAGGCUAUUGCACAACAUUUAUAUAGACAGGGUUUAGAGGAAGUUGGCGAUGCGUUUGUCGCCGAGGCUAAGAUAGCCGCCGUCGAGCGAACAUGCACAUUCGCGUUGUUGCAACGUUGUGCAGCCGCCCUGAUGGAGGGCGACCCAUCCCAGGCGCUGCAGUGGGCCGAGCAGCGGGCGCAGGACUUGGUGCAUUCGCCGCUGCCCUUCACGUUGCAUAGGAUGCAGGCGUUGAAGCUGGGCCGCGAGGUGGGCGUGGGCGCGGCCAUAGAGUACGCGCGCGCGGUGUUCCCGGGCCACGCGGAGCGACACUCGCGGCAGCUGCAGGCGAGCGUGUGCGCGCUGGCCUGGUGUACGCCGCGCGCGCCGCCGCCGCCCGCCGUCUACCAACAUCUGCUGGACCCUCUGGCGCUGGGCGCGGAAGCAGCCGAGCUAUUCAUCCGCGAAGCUUGCUCUCUUCUACGUUUGGCGCCACUGUCGCCCGUCGCAGGCGCAGUGCUAGCCGGCGCACGAGUGUUGCCCGCUCUACACGACAUCAGAGCGAAGAUGACACACCCCCAUGUUAUUGCUGCGUGGGCUGAUGAUGAGUUGCCGCUUGAGGUGGACCUGGGCGAGGACGGCGGCGGCUACCACUCGGUGUUCGCGUGCCCGAUCCUGCGGCAGCAAGCGUCGGAGCAGAACCCGCCCAUGCGGCUGCUGUGCGGACACGUCAUCUCCAGAGACGCGCUCAACAAACUCGCCAUGGCCGCCAAACUGAAAUGCCCCUACUGCCCCAUGGAACAGGCCCCUGCUGAAGCGAGACAGAUAUAUUUCUCUUGAAGCUGAUGACAAUAAAUAUUCCUAACAAUACGAAUAAGUGUGAGCAACAGACUAUAUUACAAUAGGAUUUAUAUUCAUGUGAACUAGACAGCAUUAUUGUUAUUUUAAGAUAAAUAUAUUAACUGGACUGUAGAAGCAAAGCUUUGUUCUUUUUUGUAAUAAAAAUGUCAAAAUAUU